AGCCCCCACCAGGCAGGUUCCUUUUCCAAGCAGGCGAGGUGAGGAAGGAGCACUUCCUUCUCCUCCUCCUUGGGAGGACAGUUAGGGGGUCGUUUAAUAUCUGUGUGGCCAGAAUUGCACCCAGUGUCAAGAUCAUUGCUGCCCAGUACCACCUCCAGAUCGGGCCCAGGCAUGGCAUCACUGGAGCCAGGCCUCACCGCAUCCCUGAACCAGGGCCAAGCCCAGGCUUACAGCACCAGGGGGAGCCCCGUGCCCCCACAGCACCGUGGCACCCAGGAUCAGACCUACCUGGACGAGCUCAUCAGCAUCCCCAAGGGUGGCAAGCCUGGUUUCAGCUUUAGGAAACUCUGGGCUUUCACUGGUCCUGGUUUCCUCAUGAGCAUCGCCUACCUGGACCCAGGCAAUGUGGAGUCAGACCUACAAUGUGGGGCAGUGGCGGGAUUCAAGCUGCUCUGGGUGCUGCUGUGGGCCACUAUCCUGGGGCUGCUGUGCCAGCGCCUGGCCAUCCGGCUGGGUGUGGUGACGGGGAAGGACCUGAGUGAGAUUUGCUACCUCUAUUACCCCAAGGUGCCUCGCGUGCUGCUAUGGCUCAUGAUUGAGAUUGCCAUCAUUGGCUCCGACAUGCAGGAGGUAAUUGGGACAGCCAUCGCCUUCAGUCUGCUCUCAGCUGGCCACAUCCCUCUCUGGGGUGGGGUCCUCAUCACCAUCGUGGACACCCUUUUCUUUCUCUUCCUCGACAAGUAUGGACUCCGCAAACUGGAGGCUUUCUUUGGCCUCCUUAUCACCAUCAUGGCCCUGACCUUUGGCUACGAGUAUGUGCUGGCAAGACCAGGGCAGGUGGAGGUGUUGAAGGGAAUUUUCCUGCCUUACUGUCUGGGCUGUGGGCGAGAGGAGCUGCUUCAGGCUGUGGGCAUUGUUGGUGCCAUCAUUAUGCCUCAUAACAUCUUCCUCCACUCCUCCUUGGUCAAGACAAGGGUGAUUGACCGGUCCAAGAAGGAGGCGGUGCAAGAGGCCAAUACAUAUUUCCUGAUCGAGUCCUGCCUGGCCCUCUUUGUCUCCUUUCUCAUCAACCUCUUUGUCAUGGCUGUCUUCGGCGAGGCUUUCUACCACCAGCGAAACGAGGAUGUGCACAACAAGUGUAUCAACAGCAGCAUCAGCCACUACGCCAACAUCUUCCCUACCAACAAUGAGACGGUCUCUGUGGAUAUCUACCAGGGGGGUGUCAUCCUGGGAUGCUAUUUUGGGGCAGUGGCACUGUACAUCUGGGCCAUUGGGAUCCUGGCAGCAGGGCAGAGCUCCACAAUGACCGGGACCUACGCGGGACAGUUUGUCAUGGAGGGCUUCCUGCAGCUCCGCUGGUCUCGCUUUGCACGGGUGCUCUUCACCCGCUCCUUUGCCGUUUUGCCCACUGUUUUCGUGGCUGCCUUCAGGGAUGUCAGUCAUCUCACAGGCAUGAACGACCUGCUCAAUGUCCUCCAGAGCAUCCUGCUGCCCUUUGCUGUCCUGCCUGUCCUCACCUUCACCAGCCUGCGCCCACUAAUGCAGGACUUCACCAACAGCCUCCCCGGGAAGGUGCUAAUGACCCUCAUCACCGGGCUGGUCUGUGCCAUCAACAUCUACUUCGUCGUGGACUUCCUGCCCACCCUGCAGGGCUUUGAGUACUACAUCCCCCUGGGCCUGCUGCUGGCUGCCUAUGUGGCCUUUGUCACCUACCUGAUCUGGACUUGCAGCAUCGCACAUGGAGCCAGGUUUCUUGCCCAGGGCCGCCACAGCCGGUUCAGUUUUGGCAUCUCCCUCGACCCACCGGUGCUGGCAGGGACACAGUGACAGACCCUGUCCUCUCCUACUGACCCCCACUCCCUGCCCAGCACACCCCCACACCAACUUGAUGCCACAACAAGCCCUGGGAACUACAUUUUGGCCAUGAGGAAGCAAGGAAAGGGUUAACAGCCAGGCAGACGUCCUUUCAAUCUUUUAGAGCUCCCUCCCCAAUUCAGGGUGCUGUGCAGGUCCAGGCUGUAUGCUGAGAGGGAAGGGCGGGAGCAACGGGAGGUGUCCCCAGCCCUUAGCACAGAGGCUUGAGUGAGCAAGUGGCCCCGGAGACCUCCCCUCCUCAUUAGUGGCAGUAGUCGCAGGUCCCCGGGACCGCUGAUUACCGCCCGGGACCGCUAAUUACUGCCCGGGACCGCUAAUCACCUCCCGGGACCGCUACCAUCAACCAUCCCUGCCCGGGAGGGCCAGGGCCACCAGCCCCUCCACCGGACCGGCUAGAACCCCACGCAGGGCUCCUAAAUUCGGGCUGUGGGGGAGGA